AUGCUCCCUACCACCGCCGCCGCCGCCGCCGCCGCGCCGCGAGAGAAACAAGCCCCUGGACAUCAGCCUGAGUUGUUUGGCAGAAACUCUGGGGCACAAGGGAGUUCCCCAGAGCCCCUGAAAGUCAGGAUGGGCCAACUGUCCUACAAACUGCAGUGUGUUUUUGGACUGUGUCUCCUGUUGCUCUGGAUCUAUUACCGCCAGCUGGAGACCCCCACAACUGACACCUACAGCCCCUGGCAGCGCACGCAGCAGCUCCGCCAGGAGCAUCUGAGCGCCGCCUGCAAGAAGCAUGGACUCUGGAAGCCCCGCAGUCACCCCUUGCCCAAGCAAGUAGUCCGGCAGCUGCUGGUGGAGCCCAACCACCGCCUGCUGUUCUGCGAGGUGCCUAAGGCGGGCUGCUCCAACUGGAGGCGGGUGCUCCUGCUGCUCACCCUCAACCUGAGCCGCUGGGACCCGGCUGAGGUGGAGUCCGACAGCCUGCACCACACGCGCCUCCUGCAGCGGCUCAGCUCCUUCCAGCCCCGCGAGUGCGACCUCAGGUUGAAGCACUACACCCCGGUGCUGGUCACCCGCCACCCUCUGGAGCGCCUCGUCUCCGCCUACCGAGACAAGCUGCUGCACUCGGAGCCCUACUACAUGCACCUGGCAGCCAGAAUGCGCACGGCCGUCCGCGGGUCCCGAGACCCGGAGAACCAGCGCAACCUCACCUUCCCCGAGUUCGUGACUUUCGUGCUGCGGCAGUCGCCCGCCAAGCUGGACGUCCACUGGAAGCCCAUAGAGCUGCUCUGCUCGCCUUGCAGCGUGCGCUACGGUGUGCUGAUUCGGCACGAGAGCUUGAGCUCGGAGGCGGGUCACGCGCUGCGCUUCCUGGGAAUCCCCGUCACGGGGCUCUUUCCCUCCAUCAAGGUGCACCAGAGCGAGAAGCGCACGGACGGCCAGCUCACUCGCCACUACCUGGGUCAGCUCAGCUCCGAACAGCUAGGCGGCCUCUACACCCUCUACUUCCUCGACUUUACGCUCUUUGGGUACCAUCCACUGAACCCCUGA